AUGUGGGUGGGCGCGGCGCUGGCCUGCGCGGUGGCGGGCACGCGCGCCUGGCCGGGCGGUGCCGUGUGCGCGCGGCGGGCCGCGGGCGCAGGCGGUGCGCGGUACGCGGCCUUCCUGAGCCGCGGCGGCCCUGGCCCGACCGCACUGGUGGAGCGCGCCUGGGCCGGGCGCGGCCGCCUCCGCGGCUGCUGGGUCCGCUGCGACCCGCGCCUGGUCCGCGCCUUCCGCGCCGCCUGCUGGACCUGGCAGCGCUCUGGCGGCGCCGCGCCGCCGGCAGAGCCUCCGCGCCGCCGCCGGCGGGGCUGGACGUUGACGGGCACGCUGUGGUGCGGAGCCGGUGACUCGGCGGGGAAUGACAGCGACCUGGGUACUGAGGGGGGAGAGCGGAGAGGGAGCGGCCGGCAGGCGCACCCCAUCCCCUCGGCGGGGCUGUGCUCACCGGAGCUGCCUGCAGGUGUCUUCCGCGGCCCCGACCGGUGCUGCCGUGAGCACGACCAGUGCUCGGCGCAGAUCAUGGCGCUGCAGUUCAACUACGGCAUCCGCAACUACCGCCUGCACACCGUAUUCCACUGCGACUGCGACGCCAGGUUCCGGCAGUGCCUGCUGGCCCUCAACGACACCAUCUCUAACAUCAUUGGCGUCACCUUUUUCAACCUGCUGGAGGUGCCGUGCUUCGUGCUGGAGAAGAGCGAGGAGUGCGUCCAGUGGCACUGGUGGGGAGGGUGUGAGCGUUAUGGUGUAGUACCCCUGGCCAGGAUGGUGCAGCAGCGUCAGUACCACUACAGCCUGCCUACAGAGGGGACGGGCAGCCCUGCUGUGCAGCCCCCAGGCAAGGGAGGGAAGUUCUCAAGAGCAGGGCACAAGCAGCUCCGACAGGGACUGAGUCAAAACCUGAGCUCUACCAGGCACGGACAUCUGCUACAGCUCAGCAGCCGCAGGGUCCAGGUACCCUAUCCCCCACAUCCGCCAGGGACAAGGCUGAGCCCACAAGCAGGCAUGCAGCAGCACAUGACCAUGUUGGGACAGGACCUUGCUGGAGGAAGGCGAGUGCCUGGAGGAGCAGUGCAAGGGUCUGGGGGCUCAGCACACCCUGCCUGCCCUCAGGAUGGCAGCAUCCGAUCCAGCCCAGCUGUGGAGUGGCACAGUGCCCCCCUGAUGACUGUUGUGGCAGGGUGCAGACAGCAGCAGGGUGAGUGGGUGCUGGGGACAGAGUAUGCACCACAGCUGGGGUGUCCCAAGGUCUCAGCCCAUGUGGGUUGUGUGCUGGGGGUGCCCCUCACUGCCCUGCUGUCCUCAGGCCUGGGCAGGGUGUGCAAGAGCUACGAGCACUUGGAUAAGUGCAAGCACCAAAUCGUACCCAGCGAGGUGAAGUACCAGCUGCACAACAUGGACACCUGGAUGCUCUUCCACUGCAACUGCACUCGCAGGUUGGCAUGGUUCCUGCACAGGAUGAGGGACCUCAGUGACAUGGAGGUGGCUGUCCUGGCAGACCGCAUUGCCACAGACUGCUUUGUUCUGGAGCCACCCACUGCCUGCAGCCUGGAUGAGGGCUCACAGCACAACUGUAUUGCAACAACCCGGGCUGUGCUAGUACCUGCACGGCAUCUCAAAAAGACCCUGAGACACUGGGGUUCUUUGCAUGUGAACUCCAGGGCCAAACAUCCAGAUUGGAAGACACAGGAUAGUGGUGGCACUCUCUAUGAGCAAUGCCUUCGGAUGGCCUUGGAGCAAAAGCCUCAUGCUCAGCCUGACACUGUGCUCUGAUGAUACCCAAGAAGCACUGCUUCCUGUGGGGAGGAAGAUGUCCUGUGCUGCAGCCAUGAGGUGGAGCUGCUCAAUUUCUGGUUCUUGAGACAAAGGAUGGCACUAAGUGUGACUGCUGGGGUGACUGCAUGGAGCUGGGGGGCCACAGCUGGAGCAGGUGCAAGCAGAUGGACUGAGAAGCCUCUCAAGAUAUGGGGGGGGGGGGGGGGAUAUGCAGCAGUGGCUGCCAUCCAUGAGCAUCAAAGCAGGGGGAAAGGAAGAGGGCUUGGGAAAGGGGAAACCCACCCUCUUCCAUCCUUCUUGUGCCCUGGGGCACACAGGUUCCCCCAGGUAUGGGGGACAGCACUGCCCCCACCCUAAGGUUUGUGCCUCUUCAGCUGAAAAGACUGAGCAUUGUGGUGUGAUCCAACUCCCUUCCCCAGCCAGGGUGGAAUGGGCACCAGUGGGCGAGCUGGCUCUAGGGAAGGGGUCAGUCCCUGUGUGCAGAAGAUGAAUAAAGGAUGGUGAGUGUGGUGUGUGGUGCCAUG